AUGUCAUGGCUUUCAAAAGUUACCGAUAUUGCUGGCGCUGCUGAAAAUUUAUUAAACAAGCUAGAUGAAAAGACUGGUGAUGCAAUAUUAUCUGCGAAAGAGGCAAAAGCAAAAACUAGAAAAUCGAGUACUGCCAUUAGCAUUCCGGAAAAUGUAGUGACCGAAGACAUUGGGAAACCAGCUCCGUCGAUACCUUCAAGAGCUCAGAGCGAAUAUGCGGGUAACAGUUGGCGAUAUGAGCAGUCAAGUUCAAAUAGUCAACCUGGCGCGUAUGCGGCGACUGCAUCAGAAAGCUGGACAAUGGUUCUAAACUCGAAGAACGUCAAUUCAAGGAGAGAUGAUGAUGAUAGUCGUAGUCAGAAAAGCACCGGUGGACGAAGCGUUGCCAGUUUUAAAACUACAUCGGAUGCUCCAGGCAAUGAACUAUCUAGCAUAAAAUCUCAGUUAUGGGCAAAAGAAUCACAAAUCGCCGUGUUGAAAUCGAAACUUAGCGAAUGCGAGAAGAAACUUGAAAAACGAAAUCAGGAAUAUUAUGAAAUGAAAGCUGAAAAAGAAAUAAUUGAGCAACGCUCAAAUACGCAAAAUGUUGCAAACGAUGAAUGGGAUAGUCUUCAAGAGCUGAAAAAUUCGCGGAAAAAUGCUCAGGACCAAAGAGAGCAGGCAAUAGAGGAGUCAAAUAAGCUGAAAAGGAAAGUAGUUGCACUUGAGGAAGAAAUUCAAGCGAUGGUUGAACAGUUGCGUCUUGCUAAAUUUAAUCUGAAUGAAAAUAAGAAAGAGUUUGAUGAAUAUAAGACAAAAGCGCAGAAGAUAUUGAACGCCAAGGAGAAACUAGUAGAAUCUUUGAAGGCUGAGCAAGGAAUUGGUUCUAGCGAUCGCCCUGUACAUUUAUUACAAGCAGAAUUUGAGGAAAUGCGGGUCGAAAGAGAUUUGGCCAAGUCUGAUUUGGAAGCUGCUCAAAUGCAACUCUAUACGCUUCGAUCGGACAUGGAAGAAAUGGAAAUCCAGAUAAGAGAUUUGCAAUCUCAACUUUCCGAACAGAAAACAAAUCAUUUGGAUGAGAAACAGACGUGGGAGAGUUCGAUUGCGCUCCUCAAUGAGAAAGUGGAAUGUGCACGAAUUGAAAACGAGUUCACAAAACAGGAAAUGAAGCGACAAACUGAUUUACAUAACACAAAAAUGGCGGAAAAAGAGAACGAGCUUAGAAAAGUUGUGGAGCAAACGAGAGCAAAGAUUCGAGAAGAGCAAUCGAAGUUUGAUGAUGAUGGAAAUGCUCAGCUCGCAGAUUUGCUGCUCCAAAAGCAGACACAGCUUAAAGAGGCCUUACGGACCAAUCAAGUGUUGAAUGUGAGGCUGGAAAGACUUGAGAAGGCUUCUGCUGUGAAAGAUUCAACGUCGAUCAACAUGGAAUCGUCAUCAGGUUCUUCUCCAAGUCAUCCUUUUCUCUCGAAUGUCCAUGAUCCCCGGGCCCGAAAUGCACUGCAAACGAUUGAUUCGACGGCGUUCAAAAUCCUCUCCGUUCUUCGAAAUCACCCCUCCGCUCGUUUAUUUUUUAUCGGUUAUAUAUUGAUAAUGCAUAUUUGGUUGUUCUUCAUCAUUCUCACUUACACCCCAGAAAUGCACUAA